AUGGUCUCAGUUCCGUCCGGUGCCUGGACCCCAUCUAUAAUAGCGCCUGCUCAACCGACAAACAUGACUAAAUCACCCUCUAGCGAGUCCUGCAACCACUCCAGCUCUUCACCUACAAUUAUUAACACCGCUGUCUCUGUUUCCACAACCUCUUCACAUUGCAUCUCUAAUAACCCUUUGGCCUGGUGUCUACCAGUCUCGAGCGCCGUUACGCCUACUGCUUCCUUAUCGCCCAUUCCAUCUGGACCAUUAUCGAGUCAACGCUGGUCGCAACUUUCUGGAAUGGGCAAGCCCGCACCGAACGCGACACAUUUAGCCAGGCCCGUCACAGACAGCUAUGAUGAACCCUGGGACGCCAGACACAUCCGAUUUGUAUCAGAAAUUUCAGGUUAG